ACCGGCGGUUGGGUGCGGAGGGACUCGGGGCAUGCGCGGCACCGGCGGUUGGGUGCGGAGGGACUCGGGGCAUGCGCGACACCGGCGGUUGGGUGCGGAGGGACUCGGGGCAUGCGCGGCACCGGCGGUUGGGUGCGGAGGGACUCGGGGCAUGCGCGGCACCGGCGGUUGGGUGCGGAGGGACUCGGGGCAUGCGCGGCACCGGCAGUUGGGUGCGGAGGGACUCGGGGCAUGCGCGGCACCGGCAGUUGGGUGCGGAGGGACUCAGAGCAUGCGCGGUCCCGAGUGCCGGUACCUGACUGUCGGCGGGUUUCGGGCGCCCGCUCCCUCCUCGCACUCGCAAACGGUGAGCGGACUCCGCCACGUUCCCUCGGCUCCUCUCUCUGCUCGGCGCCAUGGGGAGGCGAAAGAACCGGCCUCGGAACCGUGAGAACGCCGACCGCAAGCCUGGUUGGGGAGCUGGCUACCAAGAAAUAAUUAAAGAAAAUAAGCUCUAUGAAGAAUAUUACCAAGGACAAAAGAUUGUUCCUGAGGGGGAAUGGGAUCAGUUUAUGGCAACCAUGAGAGAGCCAUUGCCAGCUACUAUACGGAUAACUGGUUACAAGAGUCAUGCAGAAGAGAUUUUGCAUUGUCUAAAAAACAAAUACUUUCAAGAACUGCAAGAUUUAGAGGUGGAUGGACACAAGAUUGAGGCUCCACUGCCCUUGAGCUGGUAUCCAAGUGAAUUGGCUUGGCAAAUUAACAUCAGCAGGAAGAUGCUGAGGAAGUCACCAGUCUUGGAGAAGUUCCAUCAAUUCCUGAUUAGUGAGACUGAGUCUGGAAAUAUCAGUCGGCAGGAAGCUGUCAGUAUGAUCCCUCCUUUGCUUCUCGAUAUCAAGCCUCAUCACAAGAUUCUUGAUAUGUGUGCAGCACCUGGAUCAAAGACCGCUCAGCUGAUUGAGAUGUUGCAUUCUGACAUGAGUGUUGCAUUCCCAGAGGGUUUUGUAAUCGCUAAUGAUGCGGACAACAAGCGUUGUUACCUGUUGGUUCAUCAAUCAAAGCGCUUGCACAGCCCUUGCAUCAUGGUGGUUAAUCAUGAUGCAUCGAACAUUCCAAGGUUACAGAUGGUAGAUGCUGAUGGUCAAAGGGACAUUCUCUUCUACGACCGCAUUUUGUGUGAUGUGCCAUGCAGUGGAGAUGCAACCUUAAGAAAGAAUAUUGACGUGUGGAGAAAGUGGACAACCAGCAACAGUCUACAGUUGCACAGUUUACAACAGAGAAUUGCAAUCCGUGGUGUGGAACAGCUGACAGUUGGAGGAAGGAUGGUCUAUUCUACCUGUUCUUUGAAUCCUGUUGAAAAUGAGGCUGUAAUAGCAGCAAUUCUUGAGAAGAGUGAAGGGACUCUUGAGUUAAUUGACGUCUCAUCUGAACUGCCAGGGCUGAAGCGGAUGCCUGGUUUAACAACAUGGAAGGUAAUGACAAGAGAAGGACAUUGGUAUGCUGAGUGGUCAGAUGUGCCAGAGAACAAACACACCCAGAUCCGCCCUACAAUGUUCCCAAUCAAAGACCCUCAAAAGCUCAAAAUAAUGAAUCUGGAAAGAUGCAUUAGGAUCUUGCCUCAUCAUCAGAAUACUGGAGGGUUCUUUGUAGCUGUUCUGGAGAAAAGGGCUCCAAUGCCAUGGAACAAGCGUGAACCUAAGUUAAGACUCAAAGCAGCUGCAGUUAAUCCUUUAGUUGAAAGUGCUGAUGAAAAAUCUGCAGCAGUGGAUGAAACUGAUGGAGAAGAAUCAUUAGCCAAUAAAGAUGGUAUUUUUUGUCCACCGCCACCAAAGAAAAUGAAAUUGUUUGGAUUCAAAGAAGAUCCGUUUGUGUUUCUGAAUGAAGAUGAUCCAAUAUUUCUCCCAAUACAGAAAUUUUAUCAGUUGGAUCCAUCAUUUCCGAAGUUGAAUGUCCUCACCAGGACACACGAGGGAAAGAAACGUCAUCUGUAUAUGGUUUCAAAAGAAUUAAGAAAUGUGCUUCUCCAUAACAGUGAACGAAUGAAGGUGAUCAACACUGGAAUUAAAGUUUUGAGUCGUAAUAAUGAUGGGGAAGAGUUUGGCUGUGCCUUCAGAUUAGCACAAGAGGGUAUUUACACAAUAAAUCCUUACAUUAAUGGAAGAAUCAUUAAGAUUUCAAUUGAAGAUGUUAUGAUACUGCUGACGCAAGAAAAUCCAUUCAUUGGUAAACUUACAAGUGAUCCCCAAAAGCAGGCCAAGAAGCUAAACAUGGGAAGCAUUGUGCUGAAAUAUGAACCAGAUCCUUUAAACGUGGAAGGUCCAAAGUGCCCUAUUGUAUUGUGUGGCUGGAGGGGAAAGAAUUCAAUCCGCGCUUUUGUCGCCAGGAAUGAACGUUUCCAUUACCUACGCAUGUUGGGAGUGGAGGUUUUCAAAGAUGAGAAUAAAGGUGCAGGAUCUGAUCAUGUAGUUGUAACUUCUGAGAAAAAUGAAGAACCAAUGGAAGAAGGCAUAUUGAAUGUACCGGGCGAAGCUGAGAACUUAGCAGAUGCUGAAGUUCUACAGGAAUCUGAUAAAUGUGAUGAGAUCUUGGAUACAACUAAAGAACCUGAACAACAACAAGAUGAUGUACAGCAUGCACAGAUAGCAAUUAGUAAUUCAAAUCAAGUGUCAGAAUCUAAUUUGCGUUCAAGAAUUGAGAAAACUGAUAAUCCUACUGUGGCAAGUCCUGAUGCAAAACAGACUUGAGAUUAGGUCAAAGCAAAUGCAAAAUGUGAAGUGAUGUAGAUUGCCGCACAAGAAUACCAGUGCUGCCAAAUUGUUUAAAGAAGAACACAUUAAUUUACUUGCAAUCCACAGUUUAGUAUUUUGUAUGAAUGUCCUGAUCUUCAGUAACUAGACAUAUUUAGUGACAUGUUAUCAAGAAGUCUAAAUCGACUCCUGACAUAAAUAUCAUCAUUUCUCUCAAGAGAUCUUGGUCAUUUGUCAGGAAUUUCCUUCAUGGGGGCAAAAAGUGAAGCAAAUAUAUUUAUGGGGAAAGAGGAAAGCCAGACCACUUUCAUGGUGAUACCAUUCAUGAGGGGUAAAAUGAAUUUUAGCAUCACUCAUGUCUUUCCAAAUAGUUUGACAUCUUAUUCUCAUGAAGAUAAUCCUUUUUAAAAUGAAUUUUUCUGAUCUGUUUGGUGCCAUUUUUAUUACUACUACUUUUGUUAAAGACUUGUGUGAAUCCCAUCUUUAAUAUGCUUUAAGUUUUUAAUGGUUGAAUUUAUAAAUACGAAUUGCUAAAUUUAUUUUAAUAGAUCCUCAUAAGUUUUAGGAUAACUUGCGCCAUGACUGUUUAGAUGGUAACUUGGAUGGAAUGGAUUGCCAACCCAGAUUUUAUUUUCUCUAGCACUUGAUUGCCCAGUGAUGAAGAUGAUAAUUUCUCCCUUAAACUCAGAACAGUUAUUUACUUUGCAAAAUCUUUACUUGUACCUGAGGGAACAGUCCCAUAUUUUUCUUAAGUAUGUUACACAUGUGAAGACAGUUGAUUAUCAGUCAAGAUACCAUAUUUUGCCCAAUAAAAUGUACUAAAUUUUCA